AAUCUGUAGUGCUGAGAUCGACUCAGAUGUAAUUUGUCCUUACUAGUUUUAAUAUGACUUGACCAUUCUCAAAUCCCCUCUCCUGCAUAUGGUGCACAAAUAUAAAGUGCUGCAAAUCCCUCCCAAAUAGUAUAUAAGUAGGAUCCCUCUUUUCCUUUAACAAUUUGUCGGUCAAAUCAUUGAAUCAAUCAUUAUAUCAAUUAAACAUGUCUGAAACUCUUAAGAAAGCACGUGUAUACAUUAAGAAUCUUCAUUACAGUACCACAGAAGAUGAAUUGGAAGAAUUAUUGAAACCAUAUGAACCUACUCAUGUAUUGAUUCCUAGUCAUACAGUUAGAUUCAGUGGUAUUUCCAGACCCCUUGGUAUUGCUUACGCUGAAUUCAAAGAUAAUGAACAAGUUAAAAAAGUGAUCGAUCAAUUGAAUGGAAUCACUUUGAAAGAUCGUGAGUUAUACAUUAAACCACACAUUCCAAUUGAGAAUUAUAGAAAGCAUUUUGGAUUUAAAAAUAGAUUCUAUAAGAGGGAUCAUAAAAAAGAUUCUAUUUCUGUUGAAGAAUCUGAUGUUGAAAAAGGUAAGGCUGCAAAUUCUGACACUAAUUCAACUGAAGCAAUUGAAUCUAAUCCAUUGAAAACUAUAGAUGAAGAUGAUACUGCUGAUAAAUUACCAGAAUCCAAAGAAUCUUUAGCGUACAGUUUUGUAAAGAAAGCCAAGGAGCUUUCAGAAAAUACAAUUUACAUCCCUAAAGCAAACGCCAAAGUAACAGAUCAAAUAAUUAGAGAUUUCUUACAAGACUACUGUCCCGGACAAGUUUAUAUUUAUAGAUCGAAACAGAAGAAAGCUUCAAUGUCAUUUAUUAGAGAUCAUGUUAGUGUUCUAGCAACAGUUGAUACAAGUGAGUGCUCUUUAUCUGACAUUGUAAGUCAAUUAAGAGGUAAAAAGUUAUUAGGAAAGGUUUCUCCUUUAUAUAUUGCUUAUAAGUCAAAGAUUGAAGAAGUUCAAAAAGCUGCAACUGUUCCUAAGGAAGUCAAAGAAUCUUCAGAAGAAGUUAUUUCUACUACUGGUCUUUCAAGUAUAAAUUCAGCAGGAGAAACUGAGAUUCAAUUUACUAAUGAGGUAGUUGAUAAUACUUCUACGAAGGAAAAGGAAUCAAUUGAUUUAGAAGUCGAACCUCCUUUAAAGGAUUAGAAGAUUGCUUAUUCUUAAAUAAAUAUUAAAUAAUUUAUAAGUGCUAUAUUAAAUUUUUAUUAUUAUACAUAAAUUUAUAAUAUUUAUCAGAUUUUUGAUAUUUAUAUUUAUAUUUGUAUUUAUAUUUAUAUUUGAUUUGAUUGAUUGAACAGAAACUAUUAAGAUAUAUA